AUGAGAUACUUUUCGACCCACUCAAACUCACACUCUCACUCGCAGUGCUUACCUUCUCCUCUGUUAUUCCAGUCUUCUCUCCCACUGCGCUUCAACGUACACUCAAUGGCGGUGAAGCCCAUCAAAAGAGUUCGUUGUGAGCUCCAAGCCAAAGUCAAUGGUGCUCUUUCUGCUGACUCCGACCCCCUCUUCAUUGACCGACAAAAAGCACUGGAAGCAGCAAUGAAUGAUAUAAAUAGUUCAUUUGGAAAGGGUAGUGUUACAAGAUUAGGCAGUGCUGGUGGAGCUUUGGUUGAAACUUUUCCCAGUGGCUGCUUGACAUUAGACCUUGCCUUAGGUGGUGGCCUUCCAAAAGGGAGAAUUGUAGAGAUAUUUGGACCAGAAAGUAGUGGAAAGACCACUCUAGCACUCCAUGCAAUUGCAGAGGUGCAGAAGCUUGGAGGAAAUGCUAUGCUUGUUGAUGCAGAACAUGCUUUUGAUCCAGCAUAUUCAAAAGCACUGGGGGUAGAUGUAGAAAAUCUGAUUGUCUGCCAGCCUGAUCACGGUGAAAUGGCACUUGAGAUUGCAGAUCGUAUGUGCAGAUCUGGUGCCAUCGAUCUUAUCUGUGUUGAUUCUGUCUCGGCUCUCACUCCACGAGCAGAGAUUGAAGGUGAGAUUGGUAUGCAGCAAAUGGGUUUGCAAGCACGCCUUAUGAGCCAAGCUUUGCGCAAAAUGUCAGGAAAUGCGUCUAAAGCUGGAUGUACUCUAAUAUUUUUAAAUCAAAUAAGAUAUAAGAUUGGUGUAUACUAUGGUAAUCCAGAAGUGACAUCUGGAGGAAUUGCAUUAAAAUUCUUUGCCUCAGUUCGGCUUGAAAUACGUUCUACAGGGAAGAUAAAGUCUGUAAAGGGAGAUGAAGAAAUUGGGGGUACGGGUUCGUGUAAGAGUGCAAAAGAUAAUUGCACUUUCAGUAUAAAUUUCAUAGCUGGUAUAAAGUAUGACAAGUUGUCUUGCCAUUACUUAAAGGUAUCAAGGCCAUACAAACAAGCUGAAUUUGAAAUUGUUUUUGGAGAGGGAGUUGGUAAAUUGGGUUGCAUUUUGGAUUGUGCUGAAACGAUGGAUGUAGUAGUGAAGAAGGGCUCUUGGUAUAGCUAUGGGGACAACAGGUUAGGACAAGGAAGAGAUAAAGCAUUGCAGUACUUGAGAGAGAACCCUCUUCUUCUUGAUGAAAUAGAGAAGAUAGUUCGCUCCAUGAUAACAGAUGGAACUGGACAAGUAGGCACACUGCACACGAGUAACUUGCAAAUUCCCCAACAGGAUGAAGAUGAUUUUGAGGAUAUCCAAUGA